ACAAACUACACACAAGAGCUGCUAACUAAGAUCACCAACCUCACCGAAGAGAGAGACCAGCUGAAAUCAAAAAUAAAUGAUCUUCAGAAGAAGUUUGCGGAUGGAUGGAAGUGCCAUCAAUCCAGUCUUUACUUCUUUUCCUCUGAGAUGAAGAACUGGGAUGAGAGCAGAAGAUACUGUAGAGAGAGAGAAGCAGAUCUGAUCAUCAUCAACAACAGAGAGGAACAAGAUUUUGUGAAGAACAUUUCUGGUGGUUCUGAACUUUUCUGGAUUGGUCUGACUGAUAUUGAAGUGGAGGACAGAUGGAAAUGGGUUGAUGGCAGCACACUGACCUCUGGGUUCUGGGUGUCUGGAGAGCCAAACAACUAUCAGGGAAAAGAAGACUGUGCUAAUAUUCAUUCAUCAGGAUGGUUUGAUACUCAUUGUAAUAAUAGUGUUAAAUGGAUCUGUGAGAAGAAUAUCCUUAAAUGAUACAUUAUAAUAAAAGUGUACAUAUAUGCUUCAUGAACAUAUAAAUGUCAGUCAUUUUACCUGUUUUUUUUUUUGUUUUGUUUUUUUUGAAUGGCACAUUAAUUAGGUUAUUCUGUAAAAACAAAUAAAAAAUAAAUAGAAAAAAAACAUUGUAAUAUAAACAUUUUCAUAUAAAACUUUGUUAAAUCAUUUUGUUUUGAAUUUUUAGAUAUG